CGCACACUGCCCAUCAUAAAUCAAAGCAUGUGACAGACAGUGGCUGGAGGAGAACAGCUGAAAAUUCAAAUGGUGACACAAUGGAGUAUAUUUUAGUAAUGCUACUUCAAUCACUUAAGGGCUAAUGGUCAGGGCGAUGGAUAAUGUGGAACAUUAAAACUGAUGAAUUUAUUUCACUAUAUAAUUCACUAGAAAAACUCACAUGACUCAAAGUUUUUUUUGUGUUGCCUUUCACUUGUCUCUGCUUCUCUUAGGUGUGACAGGGCCCUGUUCUGAGCUCAGCUGCUCUGAGGAUGAACACUGUGGGGAAAAAAAUGGUGUUUAUGGCUGUUUAUGUAACACGAACCAUUACAGACCAAAUUCUGAAUCUUUUGAUUUCUCAGAGACCUGUGAAAGCAGCUCUGGCUCCAUGUCUGUGUCUCGCUGUCAGCUCUUUGAGGCUGGUUUUUCAGCUGACAUCUUACAUCUCAAUGAUCCCAGCUGCAAAGGAACAGUGAGGAACGGCAGAGUGGAAUUUCAUUUUGACAACGAUGAGCACAUCUGUGGUACAAACCUUGUGGCCAAUGGAACCCACUUCAUCUAUGAUAACUUCAUUCUGGGAACACCGAGGUCAGACGGUCUCAUCAGCAGAGAGAAGGUUCUGAAGCUUUCUUUCAGCUGUGCUUACCCCCAAACACAAACACUUUCCAUGAAUAUGGAAAUCAACCCACUGGAGAGCAUUGUGCACAAGAGCCUUCCAGCAGGUGAAGGCAGUUAUCGGGUUCGGAUGAUUCCAUAUCAGGAUGAUGAGUUUACCCAGCCCUUCACUGGUAGUGUGGAUGCAGAGCUCAACCAGAAGAUGCAUGUGGAAGUUCGCGUCGAGGGUGUUGACAGCCGCCAGAUUGCCUUGGUGAUGGACACGUGUUGGGCUACACCUGUGAAUGAUCCCGAUUACAGUCUCCGCUGGGAUCUCAUUUUUCAAGAGUGUCCCAAUACAAAUGACGACACAGUGGAGCUGGUGCAGAACGGCAUCUCGACAUCUAGCCGUUUCUCCUUUAGGAUGUUUAUCUUUACUGCAAACUCCACUAAGCUUUACCUGCACUGUGCUGUUCACCUUUGCCUUCUGUCAAGCAAUCAUUGCUCACUGGACUGUAACUCUGUACUGCACUGGAGAAAGCGCAGGUUUCUGGAAUUCCAUGACAGUUCUUCCAUAUCCAUGGGUCCUCUGAUGUUGUCUAAAGGAAACACAGAUAAGUGGGUCAAAGACAAAGUGAAGGUAUCCAAGGCUUCUUCUCUUUGUGCUUCUCUGAUGGUGCUUUUUGUUUUCCUGAUGAGUGUCUUGAUCCUUUUUUAAUAUAUUUUUGCAAGUAAACUGGUAACAUUUAAUAUGCAUUUAACCUAAUGCCUUUAUAAUAAAGUUUGCACUGAUGUGCUGGUUGUGGGUUUCUAAAUGUUUCUUUACUUAAGAGCAGUUAUAACUGUGGCAUAAUAAGUGAACUGUUGUUUAAUCUGUUUUAUUACUUGUUGCAUACUGCUAUAUUCAUUUUAUUUUACUUGAGAUGAUGUGGAACAAUAGCAAAGUCAGAUUCAUGUUAA